CGGGACUUUUAGCUGCACUCGAGCAGCAGCAGAAGCCGAGAGCCAUGGCAGACUCGCGAAAGCGGUACAGGGAGGACUUUGAGUUCAGGACAGUGCUUGGAGAGGGCUCAUUUGGACAGGUGUACGAGGCCGAAGAAAAGGCGAAUGGACGGCGGUGCGCCAUCAAAGUGCUGUCAAAGGACCACAUCAUGCGUGAGGAUAAGAUCCGGUAUGUGACGACGGAGCGCGACUUGCUUGAUCUGUGCAAGCACCCGCUGGUGGUUCGACUGUACUAUACGUUUUCGGAUCCGUCGUCACUGUACUUUGUGAUGGAGAUCGCUGAGAACGGCGAGCUGCUGACGUGGCUGCGGACGUUGGGGCGGUUCGACGUGCCGACGUCGCAGUUCCACAUGGCGGAGCUUGUGUCUGCACUCGAGUUUCUGCACUCGAAGAACGUGGUCCACCGCGAUCUCAAGCCGGAGAACGUGCUCAUCACGGCCGACUGGCACCUCAAGAUCACUGACUUUGGGACGGCCAAACUUCUCGAGCCGGCUGACGGUGGUGAGGGCGAAGGCGAGGGCGAUGGCGGGGCAGGUGAUGGCACGGCAUCCGAGACAACCAUGGCGCGGUCUAACUCGUUUCUGGGCACGGCCGAGUACGUCUCGCCCGAGCUGCUUACCGACAAGUAUACGUGCAAAGCGUCGGAUUUGUGGGGCCUCGGGUGCAUUCUGUACCAGUUGCUCACGGGCGCGAUGCCGUUCCACGCCGCGACUGACUAUCUGAUCUUCCAGCGCAUCCAGAAGCGCGACCUCAAGUUUCCGGACGACUUUCCGUCGGACGAGGCGCGCGGGCUGGUAGACGAGCUCCUGGAACUGGAUCCAGUGGAGCGGAUCGGGGCUGGGCCCGGCGGGUAUGACAUGCUGCGGGAUCACUUUUUCUUUGAAGGCGUCAACUGGGAGCGACUGUGGGAGCAGCCUGCGCCUGACCUCUCGGUCCUAUCGCCCGAGAUGGCGGCCGGGACGGACGCGUGCGGCGGCGACGACUCGCGGAGCCGCGGCGAGAAGCUUGCGCUGCAACGCCAGUCACAGUGGGCCGACUUUGUGGGGGACGACGAGCUCAUUGUUAAGAAUGGGCUGGUGUUCAAGAAGAAGGGCCUCUCAACCAAGAAGCGCAUGCUGUUCCUCACCGACAAGCCGCGGCUGUUUUACGUCGACCCGAAGAAGAACGUGGUCAAGGGCGAGAUCCCGUGGUCGGGCGACCUCUCGCCGGAACUGGUCUCGGCCAAGAAGUUCCGCAUCCACGUCCCGGAUCGGUCGUACAAUCUGUCCGAUCCGGACGCGACGGCGUCCGAGUGGGUCGAGGCCAUUGGUGACCUGCUUGCCUCGAGCUAGCUGAGACCGAAGUGCGCGGCGGCUUCACUGCGCGGCGGCAGGCUCGUUCUCGUCGUCGAGCGUGGUCGUGUACGACGCAAGCUCGGCAUCGCUCGACGAGAACACCUUGGUGGCGCGUGCGUAGGCGGUACGGAGCCACUUGGGGUGGGUCACCAUGCUCAGCAUGCCCUCGCCGUCGAGAAGCUGUAGCGAGUCGGUGAGGUCGGCACCGGCGAGGAGGGUGUCGAUGGCCGACGCGGCAAAGAGCGGCGAAAACGGCGCCGGGCGGCCGAGGCACGUUGCCUGCGGCGCGUACGCGUCGGAAAACGCGCCGAGCAUAAAGCCCCAGUGCGAGCGGAA